CAUAUUGGAUAGGUAAGAUGCCGUCUCGACUACGCCAGCACGGAAAAGCACAAAUCGUUCUCAAAUUGAUAAUAUCAAAAUUGCAUCGCAAGUUGCGCCCGUAGCGCAUAAAUAGACGUGGCCUGGCCCUGGCCCUUGCAGGGGUAUUUACAAACAAAGGCCGUGUGGGCCCGACCGAUGUUAUCGCGCAUGCGCCCAAGGACCGCGCGCGCCCGCCCCCCGCACAAUCGAGCCCGGAUCCCUGAGCCUGGCUAGAUUGAUCACCAACAUGUAAACAUAAGGACCACAACCACCUGCAACGUUUACAUCCGGACCACAAUCAGCUGUAACGUUUACAUCCGACCAUGGGCAACGACUUCCAAAAUGUGUCCGGCAUCGCCUGCCUCAAGACCUUCACCUUUAUUUUGAACAUCCUUUUUUGGCUGCUUGGUCUAGCCCUCCUGCUAGCCGGGCUGUGGGCGGAGUUCGAGCUGCACAAGUACCUCGAGCUGUCGCCGGAGCUGUCGGGCAGCGUGCCGCACGUGCUGCUCGGCGUGGCGGGACUGAGCCUCGCCGUCAGCUCCGUCGCCUUCUCCUGCAUCGUGAAGGGACAGCCGGUGCUGCUCUAUGCUUACAGCGGUUUCCUGGGGGCGAUCUCCAUAAUGAUCGCGGGCGUGGGGAUGUCGUUGUUCUGCUACCGAGAGACCUUCCCCAAGGGCCUGCACGACGGCCUCACGCAGAGUGUGCUCACAUACGACCCCGACCGGAACAACAUCGACUUCGCUCAAGCUAAUAUGCAAUGCUGUGGCGUGUCCAACUACACGGACUGGGUGCGCCUGUCCCCGAAGCGCGUGAUCCCCUUCUCCUGCUGCGUGGACCCCACGCACUGCGUCAUCGCCAACUACAGCGACGUCUAUCAGAAGGGCUGCUACGAUACGAUGCUGGAGUACAUGGAUAACAAUAUGAACAUCAUAGUCGGCGUGGCGCUCGGCACCGCCAUGCUCCCCAUGAUCGGCACCCUCGUAGCCUGCAGCCUCGCUGAGGCCAUCAAUAAAGCCAAAUACGACGAAAUCAAUUAAAUCUAAAUACUGAACUGA